UUUGUGCUUCCAAAAAUAUUCAGUUAAACUUCUUCUGCCUUUAUAUUAGCAGCAAAGAGGAAUAUUUAAUUAUUUAUUUCAAAUUUUCAAUGGAUUCUGUAACUAUUUUUAUAGUUUCUAAAAUUAGAAAUUAAAAUGUGACUCUUGUAAGUGUUGGUGCAUUAAAAAACGCAGGGACUAAUAAAUAAAAGUGAAUGUCGGGAGAGAAUGGUUGACGCCAAAUUCCAAUGGUAUUGGACUCUUUCCUUUUAACAAACGCCUCUUCAUAUAAAUGAGGCCAAUAAAAAAGUUCGACGAUUCUACACUUUGGCAGUGCUACACAAAUUUUCCAUAAAAUUUAAAGGAAAAAACGGGGUAAAUUAUCCAAAGAAAGAAUGGCGGCGACACCUUUAGCGUUGGGAGUUUCAACGUUCUACAUUGCUUUAACAAGCUUAAUAGCAUAUUGGCUUAGAAAAUACGUAUCGUAUUACGUAAAGCAGCCUUUAGUAAAAUCCCUGUUUUUGGAGGCCAUUGCCACAGGUGAACUUUGUGGAGGAUGCUUUGAAUUAAUUAUCAUCGCUGACAACUGGGGUAUAUCGAUGUACGCAAUUUAUUUAUUCUUCAUGACAAUUUGGUGGUGUUAUGUUUGGGAAGAUGCGACAGCUUGUCCUUAUACGCACAUAGAAGACGUUAUCGAAGGAAAACAGAGUUUACGAGUCGCCUUUUUAUUAAUUUGGGCCCAAUUAGUGGGGGGCCUGGUCGUUUUUAGAUAUAAUCAAUUAUUAUGGUACUUAGAAGUUGUUCCGACGCACAAAGAUCGAGCCUUUUCUGAUUGCAGCACUGAUCUUCAGGUACCAGUUUUUUAUGGAGCGAUAAUCGAAGGCGUAGCGACCUGCAUUUGUAGAGUCGUCUCACGCAUUCUCGGCGACCUCAAUCCAAGGUUUAGCACAAUCAUUGAUUCCUUCGUGGGAACUUCGUUAGUUGUGGCUGCUGCGAAUUAUUCUGGAGGCUAUUUUAAUCCAGCUCUAGCAACUUCAUUAAAAUAUGGAUGUCUCGGUACCACAGUUAUGGACCACGUGAUAGUUUAUUGGGUUGGAGCUUGUGCUGGUUCAAUUGUCUCAAUUAAAGUUCACCAAAUGUCGUUUGUUCAAAACUUCAUUCAUAAGGGGAAGAGAGAUUGAAAAAAUGAUUUUACAUAAAAAAUUGUAAAUUUUAAUAUUCAGGAAAUAUGAUUCAAAAUUUUUACUUAUAACUCUAAAUAUAUAUAUUUUAAAAAAUUUUUUGAUUUUAAUAAUGCUUGUCAAAUUUCAAACAAUGGUGAAUGAAUCCCGUAGAAACAGAUCGUACAAAAAAAUGUAAUACAAGCACGCAUAAAAUGUUAAUGAUUGUAAUUAUUGUAA